UUGUAUGAAAAAGGAAAAUAUUGCUAUAAGGAAAUGAAGCAUACAAGUUGACCGCCCACAGCAUCACCAGGCCCACGUGUGUUUGUUUACAUCGUGCCGCAUCGCCGAGGCUGGCCCAGAUGUUUUCUCAGUCUCUCCAGGACGUGAAAUAUGCAUCGAGGAAAGCAGAUGCACCUAUUGUGAAGACUUAAUCUGGGAAUGAAUGCUGGAAUGGAGUUGAUGUGCUGCGCCUGACACGCGGGAAAUGCAGACUGACCGCUCGCUGCCUUUGCGCUGUAACUUGUCUCCCUCAUGGCCAUCCGUCACGCCCGCCUAUUGUCUCUAAUUAACAGUCUGCGAGGUGGCUGAGCUACUAAGCGCUCUGUCCACCGAGAUGGCGACCGCCCGUGCACGCCCGCCACCUACCCCCACCCCGCUCCUCUCGCCUCUCCCCAAUCCUCCACCUCUAUCAACCUCACCGACAACCCGCUCUCCAGCACCGCCUCCUCCAACCCCAAGGCGAGGAACGACCCCAAGGCACCCUCCCUCUCCACCUCCUCCACCCCUGCCGCCAACAACGACCACUCCCCCAACAGCGACCCGACGCGCCCUGACGUGACGCAGUGUGACGCAGGGAAGGCUGGUCAGGACGGGGCCACCACCACCACCACCUCCUCUUCUGCUGCCGCCACCUCCACCGUUCCCGCCCUGCCGCCCUCCUCCGACCCCCCGCCCCCCUACCAGGCCGCCAACAUGACCACAACGGAAAAGUGGACCAGUGGGAGCAGUGAGCCGGAGAGGGACACCUGGGGCAAGAAGGUCGAAUUCCUGCUUGCCGUGGUGGGUUUUGCUGUCGAUCUUGGCAAUGUGUGGCGCUUCCCUUACAUCUGCUACCAGAACGGCGGGGGGGCGUUUCUGGUACCCUACUGCAUCAUGCUGGUGUUGGGGGGCCUACCUCUCUUCUUCAUGGAGCUUGCCCUGGGCCAGUACCACCGCAACGGAUGUCUCACCGUGUGGCGCCGUAUCUGCCCCAUGCUCAAAGGUAUUGGCUACGCUAUCUGCAUCAUCGACCUCUAUAUGGCCAUGUACUACAACACCAUCCUGGCCUGGAGUGUGUACUACCUGGUGGCCUCCUUCAGCAACCAACUGCCCUGGACCACGUGCGACAACCCCUGGAACACCAUCAACUGCACCCUCACCGCUGAUGUCUUCAACGCCUCAGACAAGAACCUCACUGUCUCGCCAGCCAAGGAGUUCUUCAGGAAGGAGGUGUUGGAAGUGGACAGAAGUACCGGUUUGGGAGACCUUGGCCCAGUGAAGGGAUCGCUGGCUCUCUGUCUCUUCUCUGUCUUCGUCCUCGUGUACUUCUCCCUGUGGAAAGGCGUUAAGUCAACAGGCAAGGCGGUGUGGGUGACGGCGCUGCUGCCCUACGUGGUGCUCCUCAUCCUGCUGGUUCGAGGGGUCACGCUGCCAGGAGCUACGGACGGCAUACUGUAUUACCUCACGCCUCGCUUCCAGAUGCUACACAAGCCUAAGGUGUGGGUGGACGCUGCUACUCAGAUCUUCUUCAGUCUCGGACCAGGCUUCGGCACCCUCCUCGCCCUCUCUUCCUAUAACAAGUUCACCAACAACUGCUACAGGGACGCACUGCUGACUUCCUCCAUCAACUGCCUCACCAGCUUCCUCGCCGGCUUCGUGAUCUUCUCCGUGCUGGGAUACAUGGCCAACGUGCAGAACAAAGACAUCUCGGAGGUCGGCGAGGAAGGACCUGGCCUGGUGUUCACCGUGUACCCUGAGGCCAUCGCUACCAUGACUGGCUCCGUCUUCUGGUCAAUUAUCUUCUUCCUCAUGCUCAUCACGCUCGGUCUAGACAGCACCUUUGGAGGUCUGGAGGCCAUGAUUACUGGGCUGUGUGACGAGUACCCGCGGUUCCUGGGAUGCCACCGAGAGCUGUUUGUGCUGGGACUCCUCGUCUUCAUCUACAUAUGCGCUCUUCCCACCACUACUUACGGAGGAAUGUACAUCGUGGACCUUUUGAACGUAUUCGGCACCGGGAACCCCAUUCUGUUCAUCGUGUUCGUGGAGGCCAUGGCGGUGUGCUGGUUCUAUGGCGCCGAGAGGUUUGCUGACGACAUCGAGCGUAUGUUGGGCAAGCGCCCAGGCAUGUUCUGGAUCGUGUGCUGGAAAUACAUCUCUCCGACCUUCAUCUUUGCUCUGUUCGUGUGCUCGGUCACCUUGCAUGACGGGGCGGCCUCUCUGGGGCUGGAGCCGUGGGCCGAGGUGCUGGCAUGGUGCCUCACCUGUUCCUCCAUCAUCUGCAUUCCUCUCUACAUCUUGUACAUGCUCUUCACUACCCCGGGAACCUACAGGGAGCGCAUCAAGGCAAUGAUCAAACCUGAAGAGUACGUUCCGCCUCAACUAAGCCAAGUGAACCCCAACUACGGGACCCACGUCUGAACGAACCUCCACCUUCUGACCUCACUCGCCAUCAGGGAACCACCCACAUCGGAUCUCACACUUCUGAACCCAAGUCACGGUUCUUCCACCGCCUCGCCCAUUAAUCACGCUGCUCAAUAAUUUCGAUCAAAAAUCGCAAAUGUUAAAAGCCUUUCAAUCAAUGUUCAGGUCCGCGUCAGAUAUUUCAUUCCGACUGCACGCUCCCCACAACAGCUCUCGUGAAGACAGUUCCCACAGUGGACAUGACACGCAACUAGCGACACUUAGCGGUAAUUUAUGGCUCUUUUCCAUUGUCGAUUUCAUAUAAAUCACCUUCAUCUAAGACACGGGUCUCACUGAAGUAAAAUUUGAUUGAUUAUGAACCUUGAGGAGAUCAAGGGAUGAUCGAUGAUAUAGUAAUUUUGCAAAACAUAGUGAAAGAGGAAAUACAAUUUUAGUUUUAGUCAUCAUUGUAUCUUUUCUUUAUUAAUAUGAAGAAAAGAUUUCCUUAACUAAGAAUACCGU